CUAAAAUUACUUUGCUUUUAUGGAAAAAUGUCGCCAAGAGCGUAUUAAUUGGGCUAAUUCAUUCUAAAUUACCAAAAAAAAUGUUUUCUUAUUUUGACAGCACAGCUUCCUGAAAAGGAUUUUACUGCCGGUGAAAUCGAAGUUAGAAUUUUCCAAUCUUUCUCUUCGUUUCCCACGCAGUGGCAAAACAGACGUUCCUCAGAAAAAUUUGUUUUCAAUCGCAGUUACAGCAGCUGCUGCAGCAAUCCUAGGCAAAGUUGGUUUGAUUUGUCUUUUAACGCAUACAAAAGGGUCAAAACAAAUAAAGAGAAGAAAUCGAGAUUGAGGAAACAGCGGAACAAGUGGCUGACAUGAACGAAAACUCAGCCCCAGCAAGUCAAAAUCCUCCCCCGCAAGCUCUUCCGACUUUGCCGAACGAAGAUGCUGAAAACAUCGCAUCAACGAUCCUCUACGCUUUUCUGUCGCUGUUUAUAAUACUGGGAAACGUUCUUGUCGUCGCAGCGUUCAGGUUUAAUAGAAGGCUUCGCACCAUAAAUAACACCUUCCUGGUCGGCUUAGCCGUAUCAGACCUCUUGGUUGGGCUGAUAUCGAUUCCGUUGUGGAUUUACAUCUCGUCUUGCCAACAGUUGAUAACAUGCGUGAUAGAUAAAGACCUACUUACAUUUUAUUCAACGGUGGACAUUUUCACUGGUUGUGCCUCAGUGCUGCAGCUUACUGCGAUCAGUAUGGAACGAUAUUUGGCGAUAACUCGGCCGAUAAACCACCGAGCUUAUUCCAUGUGGAUUUACUACGGGAUGAUCAUGGCUGCGUGGAGCUUCGCUUUUAUCAUGGCAGGACUGUUUCCCGUUCAGAUGAGCAAGUGGCAGAAACCUUACAGCAUCAUUCUCUUUAUAGCGUGCUUUGCUGUCCCAGCACUUAUCAUAGUGACUAUGUAUGCCAUCAUUUUCCAGGCGGCUAAGGGGACCUCCCGAGCUAGGGUCCAUCCCAUAGGACACGGAGGAAACAGCGCACAAACUGAAGCCAAAAUUGCUGCCACCAUCGCGGUCAUCACCGGACUUUUUAUAAUCGCGUGGUUGCCAUUUUGCGUCGUGAACCUGUUUGCAGAGUUCUGGCAUCAUUUACUGCCACCUUUUCCUGAAAUUCUGAGGCUUAUUCGGUUCGUGAAGUGGAUGCAUUACUCCAAUAGUAUGGUAAACCCGAUGGUGUAUGCUUACCGCAAUGGCGAGAUGAGGAAAACCUUUAAAAGAUUGUUGCUGACUUGUUUUGGCUGUCGUGGCGUCCCACACAGAAAUAUUCGAGCUCAUGCGUCUGCCGUGGCCCAUAGCAGACGAAACAGUGAUCCGUCUCCAUCACGGGGAAGAACGAGAAAUAAUCUUAACAACGACACAAGCUCUUCCGGACGAAGAAAUAGCCCUGGAGGGAGAUUAUCAUCUGAGAACAAAAGGGUUGAUGAUCCCAUCCCUAGUGAUAGCUCAUUUCGCAAUGGUCCUUUUUUUGUUCCCAUCCAGCUCGAUGUAGAACGGGCAUCCUCGCCGAUGAUGCCUAACACUUCCACCUUGGCUGUCCUGGGUGACUGACAUUAUACUUCUUUUUAUACUUGCACUACAUCAUAUCAUAUACAAGUGCCAAGAACAGUCUUAAGGUUCUAAUAUUAAUAUAUAUCUUCAAAUUCUUCGAAUUAUUUUUCUGGGAAAUGUAUAAAACUCAGAGGAGAAUACUUGGAGUCUAUGACGAUUUGCAUUCACGAUAGAGCGCGCUUUUCGAUCGACUAUCGUAAAAUAAAAACAAACGCAAUGCGGCCAGUCAGAAUCACUUUUGUCCAGAAAUGCCCAUAGAAACGAAAAUGGCGAGUGAAUGAGUGAAUGUACAUGACUUUUACGAUUUUGGCGAAUUUUAGUCAAAAUUGUCAAAGCGAAAUUGACGAUUUAGACGAAUUUUAGACAAAUCGUUAAAGCGAAAUCAGCUUGGUGGAUCUGACGAUUUUGACGAAUUUUUCGCCAUUUUCGUUAUUGCAUGCAUUUCUGAACAUAUCUCGUCAGAAGAGAUGAGAAAAUCACCAGAAGCCAAUGAGAAAACAAGCAAACUGCCCGAGGCGCGGAAAAACCUGAGUGGACAAGACGCACGAUUGGUUCUCAGUAGUUUUAAAUUUUAUUGGUUAAGAGAGUGGCGCAAGUUUUCUCGGCCAAUCAGAAAGCAGAGUAAAGCUUAACAAAGGCAAUUUCGGAUUAAUUUCCACACGCAAUAAAAAACUGCUCUCUAAGAGCUGAUUUCAUAGCUAAAUCUUGAGGGGAAAAUGAAGUAGAUAAGGAGCAAGUGAAGUGAGACUAUCUUUAAUGACAUUUAAUGUUAACAUCAAAAUCUCGUCACAAAACUUUUUCCUGUGACUUGCUCAUUUUUUCACUCAUUAAGAACAUUUCGUCCCUCAAUGGAUGAUUUUUGUUGCCCAUGGAACUCAAACAGGGCUAGUAACACAAAGUCUAACUUAAACCACGUGUUAAGACUUCAAAUGAGCCUCGAGAAUCUUUUUUUUUUUUUACCACCUGAAGGUGUUUUGAACACUUCGCGGUUUUAGUCGUGACAGUAGCUCUCGGGAGCCAAGCUAGAUAAUACGACGUACGCAGCAAUCCAUUUAAGGUUGCUGCUUAGAAGAGAAAGCUAUUGUCAAAUAUAGUUAAUAUAUUAUUAAUGUCAGAGAAAGAGCCUUAGCAGAUAAGAAAGAACACUACGGUCAAACGUCGGGCAUGCGCAUGGGAAUCAAUUCUGGCAGGCCUCGUGCCAAUUUCCCGCCCAAAUUUCCAAGGAAAACAUAAACAACCGCUGUCUCGCGAAAUAAGUUAAAGAAAAUUGAAACGUUCAUACAAAUCUAUAAAAGGAAACAAAAAUAGGGGAAAGGAAAAUUCGAGACUUUUCGAACACAAUGCUUCUUCAAGAACAAUUUUCCUGUUGAUUUACCAUUCUGUUUUGAACUUUACCUAGAGGGUUAUUUGCUUUUAAAAUACCGUGACUUACUGGCUUUCCCUGGCUUCUGUGGUUGUUUGUAGUUCGUAUGAGACAGCAUGGUUUUGAAAGCCUGGCUGUAAGCACGUCAACUAGUCGUUACAACGUUAGCACAUCCGUAGACAUUUGACCGUUUGGCGCAGUAGUUUCGGUUCAAGGCUAAAAUAUCUUUCAAAAUCCACUCAGAAGUAAAAUUAAAGUAUAUCUGAGUGAUAUAGCAUGCUUGUCAACAUAUAAGUCGGCAUAAAUGUACUAGUAUCCAUUUUUUUUGCCCACGGAUCUGUACAAUCUCUAUUAGAAAACGACUGCGAAAAAAUAUUUGACACGAAAACCGGCAAAAGAUCAAUGAGGGAUUUUAUUCCUCGGCCCUUAGAAAUGGACACCAGGUACGUUUAUUCGGACUAUUUCUGGAACAAGUGCAAAUUGAAAAUAUAUAUAGAAUAAGGUUAUUAGUUAUUAUACACUUAAGCUGAAACAAUGUUGUUCAAUUGCU